AAACAACCAGUUCUCAGAACUCAUUUUUUAUUCACACUACGUAAGUCAAUAUCCCGAUAAUACAGCAUAGCUUUGUAAACUACAUCAAAGAGGGAAAAAACUGGAACUAUCAAGAUGGGACGAAGGAAAUUUUUCGAACCUGUAGAUUACAAUCGCAUAAUAAGAGAAGUUAUGGCAUCAUUCGAUCCUCCAUAUUGCCCGCAGGAAGAUAUAAUCAAGGAAUUUGCAAAGCAGGGGGUUUAUGGGAAAUCUUACCUCCGGUGUAAAAGUUGUGGAAAAGGAUGGACUUCUGCAUUUGGUUGGGUGGUUAUUGAUUUAAGGCGCCAAAAAACAGGAAAAUUCUUCAAACAAGGAUGUGAAAACUGUGCGGCUAAAACAGGACCCUUUUUUCCGAAAGAAAUAUUUGAGGCAAUGGUCGAAAUCGCACUUUGGAAGUAUGAAUACUUCUACUACUCUAAGGAGCCUGGGGACAGAAAACCUGGUGAUGGAUCUCCUCCCGAACUUGAUAUCGAUGAUUUGCCUGAGAAUGAGGGUGGGCCUCACAAAGUCUCCUUAUGUGAUAGAUGUAUUUUCAAAAGACGGAGAUGCUGGGAACAUCAGAUUCAACCUCGUGUUGAUAAUGAUGGAUAUAUCAAUGAGGAUGAAAAAGAAAAACUCCUUGAGAAACACCUGAAGCAUGGUGCAGAUGACAAUGUGCCUGGACUCAAUAUUGAUCACGCAAAAAAGCAGCGUAAAAAGAGAAGAAGAAAAAGAGGUGGACGUAAAAGUCGUGCUAAAAGAGAAGAGGAACAAGCUAAGGGAACUGAAGCUGAGCAAAAUGAUGGAAACAAGGGGCAAAAUGUGACCCCCUCAAGAAAUGACAAUGAACCAUAA